GUUUUUUCCCCUUUUUUUUUUUUAGAAAAAAAUCGUCAACCGCCAUUCUCAAGCCGUCUUCUUUCUUUGAUCUAUCCGAAGGAUGGGGUUUAUUAUCAUUGCUUGAGUUCGUCCUCCGUUACUUCCCGGCGCUUUUGCCGCGUAGCGAGUACCCGACGACCCGUUCCUUAGAUUCCUUCGGUCACUUGUCAGAACUAUACGGGACGAUCCACCAAUGGCUCACACGUCAUGGGCGCCUUGGAAGGUUCUUCUCAAGUGGGCUCCUUUUCACAUCGACGCUCUCGGUCUUGUAACGCUCUUGGGAGCUGAGGAGGUCAAUGCAGCGGUUGGGCGCCUCGUGAGCAGUGCCUAUCUCGAGUAUCUACCUCUGCUGGGCGCGUAUGUCAUUGCUGGGAACCGAUUCACCGAGAAAGCCGCUGGCUUCAAUCUCUACAACAUAUCCCAGGGCAUCCAUACAACAGACCUCGCCGCCUGGUUGACGCGAUGGAUGCUCUCCCAGGAGUUCGCGAAUACUUGCAACUUUGUGGAGUGGACGGUGACGGCUCCAAAGUCCCGAAAGAACGAGAUAUCAGUCUCCCUGAUCAUAAGCUUUGUUCUGAAUGGCUUCCUCGUCGCCGGCACUAUUCUUUCCAAGGAUUGGUAUGGAUUUGCUAACGCAAUGGCCAUGAUUGUGUCCAUCAUCGUUCGUGCCUACAUCAUUGGUCAACAACGUAUUGCGUUUGAUAGCAUGAUUGACAAGGCUGUCAACAAGUCUAAGUCCGCUAAAGGAGCCAAUAACAAAGGACCAUCAACUCAAGAUGAAGACGACAAGAAUCCCGACGUAAGAAACAGAACAACGGCCUCGGCGCCUCAUGGAGCCCGGUCGGUUGGAAGCGAUUCCUCGAGUGCUACAAACGGACAGAAGCAAGCGAUCUCUAAUGCGAGUCCAACUCGUCCAAAACCGGAAGACUCUGAUAAGGAUGUCUGGACCGGAACAACCACGAAGGUCCUCAUUAUCCAAUCUGAUUCCAAAGCGGUUACCUUCUGGAUGCCCAAUGAAUUGCUGGUUGAAGUCUUUAUUCGGGGGCCCGAGAUCCAGAAUCCCAAGACAUAUUUACUCAUGAGAUCCAUCGGAUGGCUGGCCUUUGCUGUUCACAUUGUCGCCAUCGGUAUGGCAGACUUGGCGAGUCAAAUGUACACGGUCGUCCUAAUGGUGUUGCCGACCGUCCUGCUGAUAGCGAAGGUUGGAUGUGACGAUUCGGAAUGGCUUUCGAACUUUGAAGUGUGGGUAAGGAGGAAGCUCCGCGGCGAGGACCGAAAGCCUGAUCAAGAUGCCGAGAAAAGCGAGAAGCCCAGGGAAUUCCGCACAUUGCGGCAAUGCUGGAUUGGGUCUCGGCUCAAGGCAGAGAUCUGUGAGUGGCCCGAGUCGUAUGAGUUUCACCAGGUAGGGGAGGGGGACGACAAGAAGUGGGUGAGCGGAGAACGGACGGAAGGCCAAGAACGCUCCAAGAAACGACAGGAUCUGUACGCUUGGCUCGGGCUCACCACCGACGAAGAAGAGAGCAUGGACAAGUGGGAUCUGUUCCCGCACAUCCGAAAGGGCGACAACGAAUGGUGGCAGACGUACAAGCUCAAGAAGGGCGAGCUGAAAGACAAGCGCGCCAGUAAGGGACCGCAGCAGCCCCCUGAUACCACACCUCUACCACCACCGGGCCAGCAUCCCGCUGCCGGCCCUACCACCCCCCAAGGUCCGGCAGACCAGCAACCCAGAAUGUUGCAAGCGGCCGGCAGGACGAGAACGCAGCACUUCAUUGGCGCCCCUGCCUCGGAGCAGGCAAGCCGGCAGACGAAGUCGGAGCCUCGCCAGGGCACCUUGGUCACGAUCAGCAGUUCGGCGUUCCCGGCCAUCAGCGACCACGACCAGAUCAAGGCCGACGAAGGUGGCGCAAAGACAGACGACGCCGAGACGCAGACUCUGGACGACAGUGACGCCCCGACGGGUCUUCCCCCUGACAACGCCCCGCCCCCCAGCACACCACCGCCGGGUCACGAUGCUACCGUUGUCACCUCCCUCAACGUCUUGACUUCCUCUGAAGCUCUGACCCAGUCGCCAACCACCGAUGUGCCUCCACACGACCAGAAACACAACUAGGGACCGGUUAUUUGGAUGCCCCCAAGUUCAGAUUGUGGCCUUUGUCGUUUCUUCUGGCAAUUCAGCGUAGUUCGAGCCUGGUCACGAUAUGCCCGGCGACAUAGCGAAGCGGAUGUUUGAUCGAGUUUAUGAGGAUUCACAGAUGACAUGGACGUUGGACGGGAAAAGUUUGCGGCAGAGAUUUUAUACAAACUAUACAGAUUGUCUGAGUGUCAGAGGAUAGUGGCGGGAGCCAGACCGCGGAGAAGAACUCUCUAGUCUCUUGGAAACCUUGUUGUAUCUCACUGCAUACUGGAGCGCUUGAGAUAGGAAAGUGGCUCUGUGAACUAGGAACGCACUCUGCUAAUAAAUAUUUUUGCAUACGCUG